GAGGCGGCUUGUCAAGAGGCUGGUCCUGACCUCAACAGCGCCGUGAAACAGAAUGGAGCCGGUGUCCCGCGGACAACUCGCCCUCUUCUUCUUCCUUCUCUGUCCGGCCAACAUCAUCAGUCUCUGGUGGGCAGUGGGAAGCCCCCUGGUGAUGGACCCCAACAGUAUCUGCCGCAAGACCAAGCGUUUGGCCGGCAAGCAGGCCGAGCUGUGCCAGACAGAGCCCGAGAUCGUGAACGAGGUGGCAAAGGGUGCCAGGCUGGGCGUGAGGGAGUGCCAGUACCAGUUCCGGAGCCGGAGGUGGAAUUGCACGAUCCACAAUAAAUACUUUGGAAAAAUCCUCCAGCAAGAUAUCCGAGAGACGGCCUUCGUCUACGCCAUCACCUCAGCUGGAGUGACCCAUGCCGUCACCCAGGCCUGCAGCAUGGGCGAGUUGCUGCAGUGUGGCUGUGACCGCUCCAGGACCAGGUCACCGCCCGUGCCCACUGCGGGCUCCAGCGCCGAGGGUGCCGCGUGGGAGUGGGGCGGCUGCGGCGACGAUGUGGAGUUCGGCUACGAGAAGUCCAAGCAGUUCAUGGAUGCAAGGAGGAAGAAGGGCAAGAGUGACAUCAGGACAUUGGUCGACCUGCACAACAAUGAAGCCGGGCGUCUGGCAGUGAAGAAUUACCUGAGAACUGAGUGCAAAUGCCAUGGGCUGUCUGGCUCUUGCAACCUACGAACCUGCUGGAAAAAGAUGCCCAGUCUCCGAGAGGUUGGUAACAGGCUGCUCGAUCGCUUCAACGGGGCCUUCAAGGUGAUGGGGGGCAACGACGGGAAGACCCUUAUCCCAGUGGGCCAGAACAUCAAGACCCCCGACAAGCUCGACUUAGUCUACUCGGCCAACUCGCCCGACUUCUGCCUGCCCAACCGCAAGACGGGCUCACCUGGCACCAGGGGACGAGUGUGCAACAGCACGGCACUGGACCUGAGCGGCUGCGACCUGCUGUGCUGCGGCAGGGGCUACAGAGACCAGACCGUGGUCCUGCAGGAGAACUGCCUCUGCCGGUUCCACUGGUGCUGCGUGGUGCAAUGCAAGAAAUGCACUGUCCACAGCCAACUCAGCCUCUGCUUGUGACCGGGAG